AAAGCCCAUGUGUUAUUGAUGACAACGUUGAUGCUGUCACCCAUCACUCCUCCAGCUAUCAUUCAUUUUAUUGUUUAGCUAUCUGGUGUGCCUGUCAAUCUGGGUCAAGUCCUGAGAUUCACCAUGAAAUGCCUGAAAUUAAUUAGUAUAAUUCAUAUUUGGUAUAAUCGAACCCCACCUAUAUAUUUUGUUUAUUUUGCGUGUUCACCACUUUUAUCUCAUGGUAGAUUAUAAAUCCAAACAUGUACUGAGGCUUCUAAAACACUGCAAUUUGAUGGGGUUUUUUUUGAAAAUUAUCGGUGUGUUUUGUACCAUGUAUAAAUGUGUAUACUGUUUUAAACGCGGAAGUUCAUUCUUGUCGUUUCUUCUGUUUUUUCCCCCCGAAAAUAUCCUAGGCAUUAGGCUACUUUUUAUUGAAGUAAGCCGAUUUAUUAGCGGAAGGUUGGGACUUCACAUUCCAGUCCAGCAGGGAGCGAUACUGGCAACUUAAUAGCUGACUGGGUUCCGCCAUACGAUAGAAGAAAAAUGACAGCAAAAAUCAGGAAGCAUGAAAUUUCGGUUUUACCUGGGCUGUCACUGAUGUUAGAAUAGAAAACCAGCAUAAGGGCGUAAUGUCAUUUGAGUUUAUAUUCUGAGAUAGUUGAAGUUUAAGAUAGGUUAGCGUAACUGGCAACGUCCUGUGAACUAUGAAGAUAAUCUCAAAACCACCGACAACAGGCACAUGUAACUGGCGAUCUUAAUAAGGAAAUGUCCAAAGUUACGUAUCACGGAACGACCCGUCUUAUGUUUUCUACCGAUGGGGAAUUACAGAUUAAAGUCAGCUUUCUUUAGGACUGUGGCGACUCAUGGAACUGGUUUAAGUUUUUGUAUCGUAUGAGGUUCGAUGACUGAUGAGGUUAGAUGGCUGAUGCGAUCUCGCUCAGUUCAGACGACUCCGAUGUGGAAAUUGUCGGCACCUACAAUAAAGUUUUAUCUACGGCUGAUCCACUGCCUCUCAGUGCUGUGCGAGUUGAUGUUGACGUCGUGAGCGCAAACGUUCCUCCGCGUUAUAUUGACCUCACAGAUCCUAAAUGGACUCUUCCAGACCUGAAGAUACGCAGAAGACAAAAUUCCACAGCAGCCACAGUGGUAGACUUGACUGAGACUGUCGUAGACUGUCGGACUGAACAGGACACAGAGAAUUUGCCACCACAUGACUGUCAAAUAAAAAGAGAAAGUACAAAUAAAAAUGUAUCCUCAAAAAAACAAGACUUUAACCUUCAGAAAAGCUCUUCAAGAGAUGUAGCUUUUUUUGCACCACAGCAGGGCUAUGGUAACCUAAUACCAAAGCGAAGAUGUUUAAAUUCUCAAACACAAGACCAAAAACAGACCAUUGAAAUACUUCCUUUUCAUCACACAGCAGGUGUAAAACUGAAUCGCUUGCCUUUUCUUGAUACUCAUUACAGGGAACUGAAAACAUUGCAUUCUACCUGUUUAACUGAAGAUUGCAGUGAAACACCACAAUGCAUUAGUAAUCUGAGGCUGACUGGCCCAAAUCAUCACAUGGAGCAUUCACUAGAUGAGCCUUCUCCUAAAAUGUUGGAAUCGGUUUUCGCACAGGAACAAGAGAACAGUAACAGAUGUGAACAGCUACAUGAUAAAAUACCUCAGCAGCAAGAGAGCCCAGCUGACCCUCCUUGCUCUGUCACAACUUCAAAGGAGCCAUCCAUGCCUCUCUCCUAUCCAACAUCGCCAUCUUCAUCUCACAGUAAAGCACAAAGAGAAAUCCUCUGCUCUGACCUGGAACAACUGGAAUUAGACGAGGAAGAAUCAAGAAAAAUCAUCUCUGAUUACUUAUUGUCCGGCUCUCCUACUAAUGAACUGAACCCUUCUGAGCAUUUUGACCUCAAUUCUCUGUCCCAUUCAAGCCCCAUAACUCAGAAUGUUAUGAAACAUGACCCAACAGCCAUCUUUGAACAUACACCAGCUGAAAAUGCAUCUGUAUGCCAAGUGGGGGACCUUAAAGCUGAUGGGGCUUCAGACAUCUCUGAUGUCUUGUGCAGUAGCAUCCCUAGUGAACCCCAUUUGUCUGAAACUGAGGAUAUGGAAGAAGAAUGUGGGCCUGGAACAUGUAACGGAGAUCUGGGAAUUGACAGUCCAGAAUCUUUCCUUUGGCAAGAGUGGAGUGACAGAGAAGAACUUAACGAAGAGAGCAGAUUUGAUAUGGAUUUCAGGGAUGCCAGUAAAGAGGACAGGGAUAAUGUGUGCCUAGUUGCACUUAAGAAAAUAAUGUCUGGACCAGUUCAUGCUUCGAAUGAUGCAGAAGAGGAAGGUUUUGGACCCCCAGAGGUGCUAUGCCGUCAGAGCUUGAGCCUUGUUUACAGUACCAUUGAUGAGAACUAUCCAGAGGGCACUUUGCAGCUCUUGUCUGACCUGCUACAGCCUGGUUACUAUCCCCCUAGAGAUAUCACUACUCACUUACUCCAUGGCAUUCUGCUUGACAUACAGUGUCCACAUCACUUAUGUGUGCAGGCCUUCAAUCUGCUGAUGAGAACGCAGAGACACCACAUAGCUGAUAAAACCACAGUCCCAUGGGACUGGGAGUUGUUGACCUCAGUCAUGGCUAAUCAGAGAUAUCGGUGUGAGAUUGUGCGCAUGCUCCUGGAGUAUGUUGUGCAGACACUGGAGGAUGACUUCCAAGCCAAACGUUCUAUCCAGGACCUCCACCACUCGAUUGCCAAAGCAACAUUGUCAUGUGAUCAGCACUUCCCUCAAGUCAAGGUUGUCAUCAAGUGGCUUUUUGUAGCUCUUGGAGAAAGCAGAAAGAGAGAUGAGCAAAUCAGAAUGGUGUCCAUCUUUGAGAGGAUGCUGUCUCUGGCUCUGGAGGUAGACCGCUCUCCAGCUCUCAGCUCUGCCAAGCUGUCACAGGAGCUCUUCCAUAUGCUCAUCAGCAGUGACUCUUUACGAGCACAGAGAACGCUGUUGCUGGAGAGCCUGCAGAGCAGCCUGCUGAAAUAUAAGCUGUUGGAACAUCUGCUGGACUACGCAUGCCCACUGAAAAUCGCUCUGCCUAUGUCGCUAAGUCUGCUGCUUCACUUUCUGAAGAACUGCACUCUGGAACCAGACCCUACGGAUGGUAUUGAAAGGUGGAAGAAAUGGGAAGAGUUGGUCCAUCUUCUUUGGAUGUUGCUGCUCAGCUACAACAAAGCAAUGAAAGGCUGUCUCAACAAUGCAGUCACUGAGCAAAGUGGCAGAGUUGGCAUGGCGUUCUACAGGGCCGAGGAUAAGGUAUCAAAGGAGGCCAUUCGAGAAGCUAUAGAUGUGUUCCUGUCCAGAUCCCGAGCAGACCUCGGCGAACCCUUGCCUCUCCAUGUGGAAGAAUCUCUCUCGUAUCUACAGGAUCACCUGCUAGAUGUCUGUCAAUGUUGACUGUUAAAAAGAAAAAACUUUAUGACUGUUAUUUGGAAAGAACUAUAAAUCAAUGGAUUAAUUUAAUAUUUAUAAUUUUGUAUGUUUGCACUGUUAGUGUUUCGAAUAAAGGCUGUGCCUUGUUGCAUUUUAUG